ACGUAGCCAUUUCCGUCUUUUCCGGACACGUCAGUCAUCCGCUCGAGCAGAAUUAGCUCCCCGGCGUAGUUUCUACUCCAAAUAAAGCCGCAAUAAUGUCGGCGUCGGUUCUGUCGGUGAUUUCCCGCUUCCUGGAGGAGUACACCAGCUCCACGUCCAACAAGCUGAAAGUGGUGGACGCCUAUUUGUUGUACAUCCUGCUGACGGGAGUGUUGCAGUUCCUCUACUGCCUGCUGGUCGGAACUUUCCCUUUCAACAGCUUUCUGUCGGGCUUCAUCUCUUGCGUCGGCUCCUUCAUCCUCGCUGUGUGUCUUCGGAUCCAGAUCAACCCUCAGAACAAAGGGGACUUCCUGUCCAUCUCACCCGAGAGAGCCUUUGCCGACUUUCUGUUCGCUCACACGGUCCUGCAUCUGGUCGUCAUGAACUUCAUCGGCUGAGCAGCCGCUUAUGUACCUGAUGGCCGCACCCCUCCUGUGGAAGAUGCAGACGAGAGAAGUUAUGGAAAAAUAAAAUCCUCAAGACGUCUCCAUUUUGUACCGCCUGAUUACUACAGUUUGAAUUUUAGUUUUGUUUUUUGUUUUAUAUUUGUCCAUUUUGUAAUUUGCAUGGAGGCACACAAAAUAAAGAUGGCGACACGUUUGA